AUGCCCGUCGUCAAAGGCGGUGUCUGGACGAACAUCGAAGACGAGAUUCUAAAAGCCUCCGUCUCCAAAUACGGCCUAAACCAAUGGGCGCGCGUGUCCUCCCUCCUCGCGCGCAAAACACCCAAACAAUGCAAAGCACGAUGGCAAGAGUGGCUGGAUCCCUCGAUCCGCAAGAUCGAGUGGUCGAAGGAGGAGGAUGAAAAGCUUCUGCACCUCGCCAAGCUGAUGCCCACGCAAUGGCGGACCAUCGCCCCCAUCGUCGGCCGCACCGCGACACAGUGUCUCGAGCGAUACCAGAAGCUACUAGACGAGGCGGAGGCGAGGGAGGAUGAUGAGCUGGGGCUGGGCGGACCGGCUGGAGGGGAGACGGCGGCGCCGAGUGCAGAGGAUGUGAGGAAGCUGAGGCCCGGGGAGCUGGACCCGGAUCCGGAAAGCAAGCCUGCUCGCCCGGACACGAUCGAUCUGGAUGAGGACGAGAAGGAGAUGCUGAGUGAGGCGCGGGCGCGGCUGGCUAAUACGCAGGGCAAGAAGGCGAAGCGGAAAGCAAGGGAGAGGCAGCUGGAAGAGUCAAGACGCUUAGCUGUGCUGCAGAAACGCCGUGAGCUCAAGAAUGCGGGCAUCAAUAUCAGAAUCACCCAGCGGAAGCCGGGGCAGAUGGACUAUAACGCCGACGUACCGUUCGAGAAGGCGCCUGCGCCAGGCUUCUACGACACUCAGGAUGAGGAGGCGCAGAAUGAACGGUCAAGACAAGCUUUUGAUCCUCGGAAACAGCAACUUGCUAUCAAGCGCAAGGGCGACCAGGAGGACGAUAGUGACGAUCGCAAGAGGAGGAAAGGUGAUAAGGGCGGGCCUUCGGCUAGCUUUGCGGCAGCAGCAAAGGCAGGUCAGAUGCAGAAGAUACGGGAGGCAGAACAAAGCAGCAAGAGAAGGGCACUAAAUCUGCCGGCACCACAAGUUGGCGAGGGGGAGUUAGAGGAUAUUGUGAAAAUGGGUAUGGCAGGCGAGCGUGCGAGUCAACUGGCCGGCAGCAGCGAAAACGAGGCAACGAGGGGUUUAAUCGGGAACUAUUCUGGCAUCGUUGGAAGCACUCCUAUCCGAACACCGAGGGCGCCGCAAGAGGAGGAUAGGGUAGCCAACGAGAUCCGCAAUGCCCGUGCUCGGACGGAAACACAGUCUGCGCUGCUCGGAGGAGAAAACACCCCCAUGCACGAAGGCGCUGCGUCGACUGGCUACGAGGGUGCCGCGCCAAGUCGGCAGCAGCUCUCGACCCCGAAUCCGAUGGCAACGCCCUUCCGCCAAACCGGUGUCAAUGGUAUUGGAGCAACCCCGAUGCGCGGACCCGGAGCGACCCCUCUACGGACACCAAGGGACAACUUCCACCUGAAUCAGGAGGAUGGGAUGCAGCUGGUGGGACAGACGCCUCGCGACAUUAGACUACGAGAGAAUGCUGUCCGGAAUAGCUUAAAAGGCCAACUCGCAUCACUUCCGAGACCCAAGGAGACUGAGUGGGAGCUUGAACUCCCGGAGGAACAGCAAGAACCCUCACAGGUCCAGCUGAGUGCAGAAGAUGCCGCUGAGCGCGAUAGGCGAAAUCAAGCUAUCAGGGAAGCUGCUGAGAGGGCGGAGUUUAAGCGCCAGACGCAGAGCGUACAGAGAGCCCUACCUCGGCCAUCAGCGGUCGACAUCGAUGCCAUGCUGAAGAACGCUUCGGAUAUAUCAGACUCUACGGAAAGUGCGAUUGCUCAGGAAGUGGCGGUUUUAGUCACGAACGACGUCCUGAAGUUUGGAGGGGGCAGGGUCAAAGGAGGAUCAAGACCCGUUGAGGUCUUCCAGGAUGACGUCCUAGACCGCGCUCGAAUGGAGAUCGCUUUGGAGCUGUCCGCGGCUGAGGCAAGAAAAGAUGUGGAAGGGUUGGAGAAGGCGUGGGUUGACCUACAUGAUUCGUCGCAGCUGCCUGGCUUAGCUGGGUAUGGCGAGGACGAAGUCGACACACACCAGUUGAUGACGGAGGCCUUUGACAACAUCCAAGACAAUAUCGAGAAAGCCGCAGAGCAAGGGCAGAAGGUCGAGAAGAAGCUUGCGCUGCACUUAGGGGGCUAUCAGGCACGAGCGAAAACGUUACGGCAGAAGAUCGUCGAUGCAGCGGAAGCCUUAGAGAGGGCGAGGAUCAGCUUGGAUACCGCGCGGACCGCCCAGAUCUCAGAGGAAGCAGCAAUACCCAGCCGAUUGGAGGCGCUGAGGGAUGAGGUUGCGUUUGUCAGUCGAAGGGAGCGGGAGGCGCAGGACUUGUACAGGGUACGGAGGGAGGAGCUCGAUGGGCUCCAGACGACGGUCAAUGGGUACCAUUGA